GUGGCGAGAGCUUGCAAGAAACGAGUCAGCGAAAGACGUGAUGCUGGAGCUUGGGAAAAAGGACCUGAAGCGCUGGCCUCAUCAACUCGCCUGCCUGGCUCAAUGCCAGAAGUUUCUGACCAACUCCAAGCGGUUUGGCAAAUGGGUAGAAGCCACCACCCAACAGGACUUCUUUGUUGAAAUGGCCACUGGCACUGGGAAGAGCUUGGUCAUGACAGACUUGUUGGCUGGCUUGGGCCUGGGCCCAGGGAAGGCAUGCAUCAUCGUCCCAAAGUUGGAUCUGAUGGAGCAACUGGCCGAUCUGCUGGAAGAGACGUUGCCAUUUCGAAUCUCCCGUGUGGGCACGGGAUACCCUGCGGACUUGUCAGCGCAGCUCUUCGUGUGUGUGCGGAAUUCGGCCUGGCAGCUGCAGAAUUUGACCUUCGAACUGCAGAUUUUGGAUGAAGCUCAUCACUACGAGCCCAGCUCAGAAGAUGCUUCAGGGAAUGAAACUGUAGAUGGUGUUCAUGCGAUGCAAGUGCUGGGGUUGGAUGCCAAGAAAAGGAUCUUCUUCAGUGCAACCUUGCUGAGAAACAAACCCGACUUUGAGUUUGGCCUCCGUCCUGCCAUUGAGGCUGGCAUUAUCAGCGACUACAGUGUGAUGGUGCCAAUUCUCACUGCAGGUGAUCCACGGCCCGGUUUGGUGGAACUUAUUCAGGACCUGCCGAUGGCAAGGAAGAUCCUGGCAUUUUGCAACACCGUUGACGAGGCAAGAUAUUUCACACGGCUCCUUAACAGCAAAGGCAUCCCUGCCGAUCAUUACAAUGGCCACACAUCCAAAGCACAUCGUCAACAGAUCUUGCGAAGCUUUGGUCGGAGCCCAGCACAUGGAGGGAUCAGGGUUUUGGUCACGGUGGAUGUCCUGAGUGAAGGGGUUGACCUGCCAUGUGCCGAUACCUGCCUCUUCGUGGCACCGAGACAUGCGGUGCGCCUGCGCCAGUGUGUGGGAAGAGUCUUGCGGAAGCAUCCGCGCAAGAUUGAUGCCAUGGUCAUUGCACCUCCACUGUCGCAGGUUGAGGAUGGGACGUUGGUUGAGGACAUUGAGUUGGGACGAUUGUUGAUGGAGCUUGCGCAAGCUGACCUGCUUUUGAGAACGUCUAUAAGUCAGACCCUCAAAGAUGCAAGUGUCAACUCGAGGAUUUCGGUGUAUUCGAAGCAUUUGAACAGCCAGAACCAUGACCCUAUUGAAGAAGCAGCCCGCCUUUUGCGUCUCCGCGUUUUUCCAUCACUCUUCAAGACAAAUUCCAUGGACUGGGAGCUGGGCUUCCGCAAUCUGACUGCAUACCAUGCUGAACAUGGACAUGUUAGGGUUCCCAGCAACUUCGAGACUGCUGACGGCGGCAAACUUGGCACCUGGAUUCGUAAGCAGCGCCACAGCAAAGCAAAGCGGAAGCUGUGCCAAGAGCGUGUGGAGCGCUUGAAUUCUCUUGGUAUGGUUUGGGAUCCAUUCGCUGAGGAUUGGGAGCUGGGCUUCCGCAAUCUGACUGCAUACCAUGCUGAACAUGGUCAUGUGAGGGUUCCUUUCCAUUUCGAGACCGCUGAUGGUGGCAAACUUGGCACCUGGGUUGGUACGCAGCGCAACAUCAAAGCAAAGGGGAAGCUGUGCCAAGAGCGUGUGGAGCGCUUGAAUUCUCUGUGUAUGGUUUGGGAUCCACUCGCUGAGGAUUGGGAGCUGGGCUUCCGCAAUCUGACUGCAUACCAUGCUGAACAUGGACAUGUUGGGGUUCCCAAAAAAUUCGAGACUGCUGACGGUGACAGACUUGGUCGCUGGGUUCAAAGGCAGCGCAACAUGAAAGCAAAGGGAAAGCUGGGGCAAGAGCGUGUGGAGCGCUUGAAUUCUCUUGGUAUGGUUUGGGAUCCAUUCGCUGAGGAUUGGCAGCGCAACAUGAAAGCAAAGGGGAAACUGUGCCAAGAGCGUGUAGAGCGCUUGAAUUCUCUUGGUAUGCUUUGGGAUCCAUUCGCUGAGGAUUGGGAGCUGGGCUUCCGCAAUCUGACUGCGUACCAUGCUGACCAUGGUCAUGUGAGGGUUCCUUUCCAUUUCGAGACCGCUGAUGGUGGCAAACUUGGCACCUGGGUUGGUACGCAGCGCAACAUCAAAGCAAAGGGGAAGCUGUGCCAAGAGCGUGUGGAGCGCUUGAAUUCUCUUGGUAUGCUUUGGGAUCCACUCGCUGAGGAUUGGGAGCUGGGCUUCCGCAAUCUGACUGCAUACCAUGCCGAACAUGGACAUGUUAGGGUUCCCAAAAAAUUCGAGACUGCUGACGGUGACAGACUUGGUCGCUGGGUUCAAAGGCAGCGCAACAUGAAAGCAAAGGGAAAGCUGGGGCAAGAGCGUGUGGAGCGCUUGAAGUCUCUUGGUAUGGUUUGGGAUCCACUCGCUGAGGAUUGGGAGCUGGGCUUCCGCAAUCUGACUGCAUACCAUGCUGAACAUGGUCAUGUGAGGGUUCCUUUCCAUUUCAAGACCGCUGACGGUGGCAAACUUGGCACCUGGGUUGGUACGCAGCGCAACAUGAAAGCAAAGGGGAAGCUGUGCCAAGAGCGUGUGGAGCGCUUGAAUUCUCUGUGUAUGGUUUGGGAUCCAUUCGCUGAGGAUUGGGAGCUGGGCUUCCGCAAUCUGACUGCAUACCAUGCUGAACAUGGACAUGUUGGGGUUCCCAAAAAAUUCGAGACUGCUGACGGUGGCAAACUUGGCACCUGGGUUGGUACGCAGCGCAACAUCAAAGCAAAGGGAAAACUGGGGCAAGAGCGUGUGGAGCGCUUGAAUUCUCUUGGUAUGGUUUGGGAUCCACUCGCUGAGGAUUGGGAGCUGGGCUUCCGCAAUCUGACUGCAUACCAUGCUGAACAUGGUCAUGUGAGGGUUCCUUUCCAUUUCAAGACCGCUGACGGUGGCAAACUUGGCACCUGGGUUGGUACGCAGCGCAACAUGAAAGCAAAGGGGAAGCUGUACCAAGAGCGUGCGGAGCGCUUGAAUUCUCUGUGUAUGGUUUGGGAUCCACUCGCUGAGGAUUGGGAGCUGGGCUUCCGCAAUCUGACUGCAUACCAUGCUGAACAUGGUCAUGUGAGGGUUCCUUUCCAUUUCGAGACCGCUGACGGUGGCAAACUUGGCAUCUGGGUUCAAAGGCAGCGCAACAUGAAAGCAAAGGGAAAGCUGGGCCAAGUGAUGAUGGACUGCAUGUGUGAAGCAGGACGGGAUGUGUUAAAUGACCCGGAGAAAGUGAAGGACCCAGUGUCCUUCAUCACAGCGAUCUUGAACCUGAAGUACAAGUACGACAGGUUUGUGAAGGAAUCCUUCAAAGAGAGCAAGGACUUUCAGUUGGCCUUGAAACAAGCCUUCGAGUCCUUUCUGAACAAGGACACGCGCACGGCGCAAUACUUGUCACUGUAUGUGGAUGACCAGUUCCGUAAGGGUCUCAAGGGAAUGUCCAGCGACGCAGAUGUCGACACGGCCCUGGAGCAGGUUGUCACAGUCUUCCGCUUCUUGCAAGACAAGGAUGUCUUUGAAAACUUCUACAAACAGCACUUGUCGCGGCGUUUGCUGACAGGCCGGCUGGCCCGUUGA